CACACGAGGCGGUUUGCAAGCGGUUUGCGCCGCGACGGUUGUCGCGCGGUGGUCGAGCUCGACGCCUCGUUUAUGGGACUUGUGAGCUUUGAAACAGACGGCGCCGCCUAAUCCCAUAAAACGCGGCGUCCGACGCGCGUACCCUGCUCGAUACCAUGGGCCGCCGGCACGCCGCUUGGUUUUUAUUGCUUUAGCGGCACUACCGCGGCACAUCAUUUACUUAUCUUCUGUGUUGCAAACCACACGUAGGGUUUUUUGGUGCGUUUUUUUUUGUGCAGUGUUGAAAAGUGUUCAUUUAUUAUGGAAACCAGGGAAUUCAACAUAGAAAAAUUAAUUACUGAGGUUCAAUUGAGGCCAGCGAUUUGGGAUAUGCGUGAUGAUAAUUAUUCAAACAGAAUAAAAAAAAAACAGGCAUGGGAAGAAGUUACUACAGAAUUUCUAAGCGCAGCUGCUUCUGUUGAGGAAAAAAAAAUUAUAGGUCCUAUGCUACAAAAAAAAUGGAAAAAUGUCAGGGACAGAUAUUCCAAACACCUUUCCGAAAGUAAAGGCAAAUCUGGGCAAGGCCGGAAAGGAAAAACCCCAUAUAUGUGUGCCCAACAGCUCUCAUUUUUGUCGGAUGUGGUCCAAAGAAGGGCAACAGAGAGUUCGCUCGAUGCAACACAUGAAUUGGCAGCCACAGAUGAUGAGACUGCAGCCACGCCUCAGGAAGGUACAGAUGAAGAUGCAUCGAUAGAGCCACCAGAUCAACCAAAUACAACCAAGCGGGAAUCCCGAAAAAGGCAGCAGCAACAGCAUUAUGGUGAAGAGCGCAUUAAGAAGAAAAAAAAUGAUUCGGUAGAAACAGUUUUGUGUGAAGCUCUUCAAACACACACCGAUAUUCAAAAAGGAAAACUGAUGAAAGAAAAAGAAAGUGUGGAUGAUGACAAGCAUUUUUUGUUGUCAUUGUUGCCAUUUUUUAAAAAAAUUCCAAUUGAUAACAAGUUGUUGGUCAGAAUGGAAUUGAUGGCUUUAUUAAAUAGGCAUAUUUGCCCACCUCCACACCAACAUCAUGCUACUACAUUCUCCGAACCACCUAGUCACUUCCAACCCCACGUUGAACCACCAUCAUGGUAUACACAUUCAUUGCCUCCACAGAAUUCAUUACCACAACAACAUCAACCAACUUCAACACCACACCUUCAGAAUCAGCCAGGGCCUUCUGGGCUACAACGAGUUGCGCCACCCGAAUCCCAAUUCUCACCAUAUUCUCUUGAUGGUUCAGAGCAUAUGAGUUUAUAGGCAUAUAAGUUUAAUUUAGUUUUUUUUUGUUUGUUUUUGUUUGUGUUUAAAUAUAUUAUAUCUAUAUCUAGUUCA